CAUGUAUCUGUUGCAGGCUACUGGAAUAAUCAAUGCUGUCCUUAAAAAAUACGGUACUUAUGAGAGCUUUGAGGCCUCCAAUGGUGGAAAGCUACUUACCAAAUGCCAAAUCUGGUCCAUCACCAGGAAGUACAUGCAGAAGGAAGGCUGCUCUGGGGAGGUGGUGGUUCAGCUCACAGAAGACCUCCUUUCCCAAGCGGUCAUGAUGGUGGAAAACAGCCGCCCAACUUUAGCAAUCAACCUCUCUGGCGCUCGUCAGAACUGGCUGGAGGGCAUGCUGCGCCACGAGAUAGGCACUCACUAUAUCCGCGGAGUCAACAAUGCCUCCCAGCCAUGGCACAGCUCAGAAGGCCGCAAGCAAUACUGCCUGAAGCCCGCCAACCCCACGGAGGAAGGGCUGGCCAGCCUGCACAGUGUCCUCUUCCGCAAGCAGCCUUUCCUCUGGAGGGCCGCCCUCCUCUACUACACCGUCUGCCAGGCCGGGCGCAUGUCCUUCUGCGAACUCUUCCAGGACUUGGGGCGCUUCGUGCAGGAUGCUGGGGUGCGGUGGGAAUACUGCGUGCGAGCCAAGCGAGGCCAGGCCGACACCUCAUUGCCAGGCUGCUUCAGCAAAGAUCAGGUGUACCUGGAAGGAAUCCUCCAGAUCCUCCGGCAUCGACAAACGAUUGAUUUCCGGUUGCUGGCUGCGCUGGGGAAGGUCUCUUAUGAAGAUGUGGACCAUCUGAAGAAAUACGGGGUGCUGGAGAAGGCCCGAAUCCCCCACUUCAUGCAGGACCUUGAACGGUACAUGCAGCAGCUCAACCACAUUGUUGCCACCAAUAGUCUCAGUGAUGAAGAACUAGAACAGCUGAUGCCGGAGUGAGCUUGCUGCCUGCCACCUCUGCAGCAUCGCUGGACAGACUCUGCUCUCAUUAAGAUGCCUGAAGUCCCAAAGGAGAAUUUUGUUGGACUUUGACCUGCUGAAAACAAAUCAAUGGCUCGUGUGUUCUAUUUAUUCUUUGUUUAUUGGGGGUUUCUAGUUUUGACUGUUAAAUGAAGCGAUCAGAGCAAGGCCACAUCUUUUGAAUGCCCUAAGAGAGAAUUCAGCUACCUCUCAUGGAACUUUGCUCUCAGCCAGAGAUGUUUUAAGCAGAUUGACAAAGAUCAAUGUCUGGACCAUGCCUUUCUUCUGUAGACAGGUUAGUAUAGAUGGUUUGGAACUUGCUAAAAUAUCCCUAGGCAAUAUUUUUGGGGUUCUCCAAUUGAGCCAACUGAGAGUGAUCUCCAGAUGGCCGAAAGAUAAAAGAUUUUUAAAAAUUGCUGCUUAAUGGCAGGUGCAGAAGUUUUUCAGUAUGACUGUGGUAUUCCUUACUCUCCAAUAGUGUUUGAAAUUAUAUCUGUAAUUGAGUGAACUUUCAGUCUGGCCUAGUUGUUCUUGACAAAGGCCACAGGUGGCUAAAGAGAGCCUGGAAAGAUGCUGGUUAAUUUCUGAGUUAAUCACAGCAGAUCCCAAGAAUUUCAGACGCCAAAUAAUUUUACAAGGGCAACAAAAAGCCUUCCUUCCCUCACCCCCCCCCUUCAGUU